GUUCUGUGGAAGAUGCCACAGACUGUGUGGAGCGGUGCACACGCCUCAGCUUUUGAGAUUUGGUGGAGGUUUUUUGGAUUGGAAACCAGGGAGGACUCUAAGGUUCAGCCCUCUGCCUCAGUCUUUUAGAUAUUCCUAGUUUCUCGCUUGCUUCCCAGUUCAUUUCCCAAGGCUGGUCUUCCAAGUAAAGAGGGAGAAGUCACCUUCUAGAAAGUCAGGGUCUGUCCGGGGAUCGGGGAUCCCAGACCCCACCCCCGCCUCCCGCUUAUCCCUAGCGGGGCUCCCCCCCACCGUGGGAACGGGGACCAGCUGGCCGGAAGCGCCAAACUGCGUCCCUGUCCCAGCCCUAGGGAUCAAUCAGGUUGAGGAGUUAAUUAUGUAAUGAGGGGGCAGGGGGUCGGGACUAAUGAAGCCGCCCAGAAGGAAAGGGAGAGGGGAGGGUACCCAGGUAUCCGGCCUUCUCUUGGACCCCUUCGAGGCCCCAGGGGUCUCCACUUCAGCCCACCUCCAGGGCCCCAAAGAGGGGAGGGGCUGUGAUCUCUGGUGUGGAAGGGGCUGUGCUGUGAGCUAUAAAGGGGGGAUCCAGACCUGAAGACUCUAGCAACGUGACACAAGGCCAGAAGAAACUACACCAUGUACCAUCCACGAGAGUUGUACCCCUCCCUGGGGACCAGCUACCGUCUGGGGCACCCCCAGCCAGGGGCAGACACCAGCUUCCCACCUGCCCUAGCAGAGGGCUACCGCUACCCUGAUCUGGAUACCCCCAAACUGGACUGCUUCCUUUCUGGGAUUGAGGCAGCUCCCCACACCCUGGCUGCACCCCCUCCUCUGCCCCUUCUGCCCUCUGCUCUGGGCCCUGAGGCAGCACCGCCACCUCCAGAGGCCCUUCAUUCACUCCCUGGGGUCAGCCUGAGCCUGGAGAACCAGGAACUGUGGAAGGAGUUCAGCGCUGUGGGAACAGAGAUGAUCAUCACCAAGGCUGGCAGGCGCAUGUUCCCUGCUUGCCGAGUGUCAGUCACUGGCCUGGACCAAGAGGCCCGCUACCUGUUCCUUCUGGAUGUGGUUCCAGUGGAUGGUGCUCGAUACCGCUGGCAGGGCCAGCGCUGGGAGCCCAGUGGCAAGGCAGAGCCCCGCCUGCCGGACCGUGUCUACAUUCACCCUGACUCUCCCGCCACGGGUGCCCACUGGAUGCGGCAGCCUGUAUCUUUCCAUCGUGUUAAGCUCACCAACAGCACGCUGGACCCCCAUGGCCAUUUGAUCUUGCACUCCAUGCACAAGUACCAACCUCGCAUCCACCUGGUGCGGGCAGCCCAGCUUUGCAGCCAACACUGGGGAGGUGUGGCCUCCUUCCGCUUUCCUGAGACCACAUUCAUCUCAGUGACAGCCUACCAGAACCCACGGAUCACACAGCUAAAGAUUGCAGCCAAUCCGUUUGCCAAAGGUUUCCGAGAGAACGGCAGAAACUGUAAGAGGGAGCGAGAUGCACGUGUGAAGAGGAAACUUCGAGGCCCAGAGCCAGUGGCCACAGAGGCCUAUGGGAGCAGGGGUGAGUGCUGUUCUGAUAGUGAUGGGGCCAGGCCUGAAACACUGAGCCUCCCAACACAGCUUGUGCCUUUUGUCUCCCCAGAUACACCAGGGGGUCCCUGUGACUCCACCCUGUGUGGGGACAUUCGAGAGUCCAAUCCAGAGCAGGCCCCGGCUCCCCCAGAAGCUGCUCCUGCCCCAGUUCCUCCAUGUAGUGGCCCCAGUGCUGAGGCCUACCUCCUGCACCCUGCAGCUUUCCACGGAGCCCCCAAUCACCCACUAGCCAGGAACCCCAGCUUCCCUGAGGCUUCAGACUCUGGGCGCCCAGCCCCCUACUCAGCUGCAUUUCUGGAGCUACAGCCUGGACCAGGGGGCUCUGCAUACCAAGCAGCUCCAUCUGCCGCACCCUUUGCCCCCCACUUCAUCCAAGGGGGCCCUUUCCCUUUACCAUACCCAGGGCCUGGAGGUUAUCUAGACAUGGGAUCCAAACCAAUGUACUGAACCAAGGCAGGGCCUGUGCCAUCCUCCCUUGGAAACCUCCAGCUCCCUUCCCCCAGCCCCAUAGCACCCUCAUCCACCAGGCCCCAUCCCCCACACCAAAUGGCUGCCUCGGGGCUGUCCCCUACCCCCCUAGUUCACACCUUGAUUUUACUCCCACCCCCUCUGGCUUCAAAGCCCAGGCAAAGCUGCUCAGAGUCCAGCUGGGGCCAGCUUCCCCUUCUUAGCUCUCACCUCAGUGUGAAUGGAGAGAGACUUGGCCUGGCCAAAUGGCGCUGGCAGCCCAGUACCUCCACCUCCAGAGGGGGGUGGGGGCUCAUCACUAGCACAAGUCACAUCAAUUUGUUCAAGAAUCAGUAUUUUUGUUAAUAAAA